UAAAUUUUUAUAUGGGAAGUUGUUGGUCGAAAAAAAACGCAAAAGGUAGCCCAUCUAGGAAUAGUCAUGUACGCGGGACUCUGAGAAAAUCUGAUCUUGUACAAUAUGAUCCAAAAAUUUUGAUAUUGGGUGGCGGUGUAGCGGGUCUUGCCUGUGCUGUGGAGUUGAAGAAUAACGGCUUAAAUAAUGUACGCAUUGUAGAGAUGUCUGAUCGAAUUGGCGGUCGUAUCAAGACCAUGAAAUUCGCUGACAAUUACAUUGAUCUGGGUGCCCAGUGGGUCUAUGGAAAGGAUAACAAUUUGGUCUAUGAGAUGGCAGAUGUGGAUGAGCUGGGAAAAACAAAUGGUACGAUUGCAAAUAUGGAUUGGAUACGUUCGAAUGGAAAAAAGAUUACGGAGGGUGUUGUGGACCAAAUGUUGGAUUUGAUAACUACCGUCUAUGAUAAUAUGAAGGACGACAAAAUUGAUCCCACAAUCACCUUUGGUGACUAUUUAUCCAAGAUGUUUGACCGAGAGGUCGAAAAACAAAAUAUCCGCAUUGAUAGGUCUCUAGCCAAAGAGUUUAUUGUUACUUUCAAGAAAAUGGAAGGCAAUAUGGCGGAUACGGAUAUGUCGGCCUUUGACUAUUGGAGCUUCCAGCCAUGCGGUGGCAGCGGACUUUUGAAUUGGCGCGACAAGGGCUUCAAGCAGUUCUUGCAUCACCUCGUCAAUGGCGACGACCUAAAUGAGCAUGGAGUGCUCAAGGGCUGCAUCGAUUUGAACCGAAGGGUUCGUCAAGUCGAGUGGGAUCGUCCAGAUGGCUCUGUGCUGGUGAGCUGUGAGAAAGAGAAAUAUUCCGCGGACCAUGUAGUCAUCACUUUCUCGCUAGGCGUGCUCAAGCAUAGCUCAACGCUCUUUCAGCCCUCUUUACCAGACUCUCACUGCAAAGCGAUCAAUAGCAUGGGAUUCGGCAACGUCUGCAAGAUUUUUGUUGAGUUUCAGGAGAAAUUCUGGCCAGAUGACUGGCGCGGCUUUAAUGCGCUGUGGAGAGCACAGGACUUGCCAGCUCAGCCCUGGCUGAAGGACAUCUAUGGCUUCCAUGUGUAUGACCAUCAGCCACGCGUUCUACUUGGCUGGGCCUGUGGAGUCCAUGUGGAGGCCAUCGAGACCAUAAAGCACUCUGCUCUAGUGGACGGCAUUGUGCGCAUGCUGAAUCACUUCCUGCGCAACUUUAACGUGUCGCGCCCGAACAAUGUAAUUAUCAGCAAAUGGAGCACUGAUCCGGCACACCGCGGCUCCUACUCCUACCCAUCCGUAUUAGCCACUGAGAAUGACACGGGACCCAAGAGUCUCGCACAGCCAAUCCAUGUACAAGUCGCUGAAACGCGUGAGCCGUCUGACACGAGUAUUUCCUCAACAUCUGAAACCCCGCCAAUAACAGCGCGACCAGUAUUAUUUUUUGCGGGCGAGGCAACCAGCUCCAAUCAUUAUUCGACAGUUCACGGUGCUGUAGAGUCGGGGAUACGCGAGGCUGAUCGCAUUAUUUCCUUCUACAGGAGCUCCACCUAUUAAGUUCAUUCAAAAAUCUA